GUGGCCUGUACGCUUCUCUCGCCUACUCAUACAUACAUAUCUGUUCCUUAUAGAACAGGACUCUUCACUUCGUGGACAAGCACUGACCACUAUUAACAGUAAAGGUAAAUGACAGCUUCAACUCUCAGAUCGAAUAUGGACUCUCUACUCUCAACUUUAGGCAAAUGCACACUUGUGAUUCUGUAUAUAACAGGCGGAUGGUGUGGCACACAAGAUGUGUCUCAUGAUGAUGGUAGCCUUACGCAAGAGGACAAGAGAGGCUUAGACAGCAUUGCAAACAGCCUUGAUUUAGCUAGCGGUUUGGAAGAAAAGCGCAUGAUGGAUCCUCUAGCAAACGGACUUGUUGGAAAACGUUACAUGGAUUCAUUAGCAAGUGGUCUUAUCGGCAAACGGUUCUAUGAUGACUCAGCAAGUGACUUAAUCGAGAAACGUUAUAUCGGUGGUAUCGCAAACGGACUGAUUGGGAAACGAUACAUGGGAAGCAUAGCAAACGGACUGAUCGGAAAACGAUACAUGGGAAGUAUCGCGAAUGGUUUAAUCGGGAAACGAUACAUGGGAAGUAUUGCGAACGGUUUAAUCGGGAAACGAUACAUCGGUGGCAUAGCAAACGGCCUGAUCGGAAAACGAUACAUCGGGGGCAUAGCAAACGGCCUGAUCGGAAAGCGAUACAUGGGAAGUAUCGCAAACGGUUUGAUUGGGAAACGAUUUAUGAGCAGCAUAGCAAAUGGAUUGAUCGGUAAACGUUAUGUUGAUAAUAUUGCCAGUGAUUUGAUCGGAAAACGUGAAGACAAUGGAGAAAUGCAUGAAGAGAAAAGAUAUAUCGACUCGCUGGCGAAUGGACUCAUUGGAAAGCGAUCAGAUGACGAGGAGGGUUACGACAAUGAGAGGUCUGUUGUCGACAAGCGUUACAUUGACAACCUGGCAAGUGGCCUUAUUGGAAAACGAUCUAAUUCUUACCGACACCACGAUCUCCAAGCUUUGUUAGAUAAACGGCCAUUUGGACAACUCGCCAACGGACUGAUUGGAAAAAGGAGCGGUGACGAUUGAGGAGCAUAGGAGUUUGGCAAACAGUAAUGCGUACAAGUACGAACAUUACUUAUCAAACAAUUGAUCGGUGUUGGUGCAUCCGGUGAAAUCAAAUUAAAUUGUUGACUCUUACAAUUUCGAGAUUCAUUUGUAAAUUUUCCUUCAUAAUUUGGCCUAUUCAUUGUUUUUGAUUAUUAAAACAGGAAAAAAUCAUAGCGCAGAGUGCCCAGUUAUGGAGACCGCAAAGUUUACGUUUGUAAAUAAACGGAUCUGAGCAAAAGUUAAAAGCAAUGUGCUAAACGUUAUUCACUGACACUAUUAAUUUUACAUUUUUACAUGGACAAUAAGUUUAUAUGCGCUUAUAAAUUUCAUUA